AUGUACAUGACUUCAACAUUUUGGAGCAUUUUGAUGCUUCGAAUGAGGCUGAACGACAUUGGUCAUGGCAGCUCUUACCUAGCCAGACAGGAGUAUUCGCGCACGGGACGACACCCCCCCUCUACUAUCCUUUCCCCCCCCCCCCCAUCCGCCCCUUCCCCCCCCUCCCCCUCCCCCCACCCGCCUUCCCCCCCCGCUCCCCCUCCCCCCCCCGCCCCCCCCCCUCCGCUCCCCCCCCCCCCCCCCCCCCCCCCGCUCCCCCUCCCCCCACCCGCCCCUCUCCCCCCCCCCCUCCCCCCCCCCCCCCCACCCGCCCCCCCCCCUCCCCUCCCCCCCCCCCCCCCCGGGCCCUUUCCCCCCCCCGCUCCCCCCCCCCCACCCCCUUCCCCUCCGCUCCCCCUCCCCCCCCCGCCCCCUCCCCCUCCCCCCCCCCGCCCUUCCCCCCCCGCUCCCCCUCCCCCCCCCGCCCUUUCCCCCCCCACUCCCCCUCCCCCCAAACCCCCCUUCCCCCCCCCCCCCCCCCUCCCCCCCCCCCUUCCCCCUCCGCUCCCCCUCCCCCCACCCGCCCUUCCCCCUCCUCCCCCUCCCCCCCCUCCCCCUCCCCCACCCGCCCUUCCCCCUCCCCUCCCCCUCCCCCCCCCGCCCCUUCCCCCUCCGCUCCCCCCCCCCCCCCCGCCCUUCCCCCCCGCCCCCCUCCCCCCCCCGCCCUUCCCCCUCCGCUCCCCCCCCCCCCCCCCACCCUUCCCCCUCCGCUCCCCCUCCCCCCACCCGCCCUUCCCCCUCCGCUCCCCCUCCCCCCACCCGCCCUUUCCCCCCCCGCUCCCCCCCCCCCCCCACCCGCCCCUUCCCCCUCCGCUCCCCCCCCCCCCCCCCCCCUUCCCCCAACCCCCCCCUUCCUCCUCCGCUCCCCCUCCCCCCCCCUGCCCUUCCCCCUCCCCUCCCCUCCCCCCAACCUCCCUUCCCCCUCCCCUCCCCCUCCCCCCCCCCCCUUCCCCCCCCGCUCCCCCUCCCCCCCCCGCCCCCUUCCCCCUCCGCCCCCCCCCCCCACCCCCCUCUCCCCUCCGCUCCCCCUCCCCCCCCCCGCCCCUUCCCCCUCCGCUCCCCCUCCCCCCACCCCCCCUUUCCCCCUCCCGCUCCCCUCCCCCCCCCCGCCCUUCCCCCCCUCCCCCCCCCCCCCCCCCGCCCUUCCCCCUCCCUCCCCCUCCCCCCCCCCCCCUUCCCCCCCCGUCCCCCUCCCCCCCCCCACCCUCCCCCCCCGCUCCCCCUCCCCCACCUCCCUUUCCCCCCCCGCUCCCCCUCCCCCCACCCCCCCUUCCCCCCCCGCUCCCCCCCCCCCCACCCGCCCUUCCCCCCCCGCUCCCCCCCCCCCCCCCGCCCUUCCCCCCCCGCCCCCCCUCCCCCCCCCCCCCUUCCCCCCCCCUCCCCCCCCCCCCACCCCCCCCCCCCCCCUUCCCCCCUCCCCGCCCCCCCCCCCCCCCCCCUUCUCCUCCGCUCCCCUCCCCCCACCCCCCUUUCCCCCCUCCGCUCCCCCCCCCCACCCCCCUUCCCCCUCCACUCCCCCUCCCCCAAACCCCCCUUCCCCCUCCGCCCCCCCCCCCAACCCGCCCUUCCCCCUCCGCCCCCCUCCCCCCCCCGCCCUUCCCCCCCGCCCCCCUCCCCCCAAACCCCCCUUUCCCCUCCCCGCUCCCCUCUCCCCCCACCGCCCCCUUUCCCCCCCCGCCCCCUCCCCCCAAACCCCCCCUUCCCCCCCCCGCUCCCCCUCCCUCCCCCCUUCCCCUCCGCUCCCCCUCCCCCCACCCGCCCUUCCCCCUCCACUCCCCCUCCCCCAACCCGCCCUUCCCCCCCUCCCCCCCCCCACCCGCCUUCCCCCCCGCUCCCCCUCUACAUCCUUCCCCUCCCCCCACCCCCCUUCCCCCCCUCUAUCAACAGUCCCUCCCCCCCCUCCCCCCGGCCCUCAGCUCCUCAGGGAACCCCUACACCACUAAUGGCACUCCGGGAAAAUAUGGCUUCCUGAUACUUCAACCCAGGGCUCGAUCUUUUAAAAGGCCUUCAUACCAUACUUGUCUAGAUGUAAUUGUCGUUGACACAAUAUCAUUUGCAGCAAUAUUGGGAAUUGUUCCUGUUUCAUACCUGUAG